CCCUGGACUUUCCACCUCUGAUGUUUUGUAAUCUCGUGAUUUAUCAUUUGAGCCAAGUAGUGCUCGCUGCAGAGCAAAAUGAGAGAAGGGUUAUGGGAGGGGUUAAGGUGUGGCUCCACCCAUCAUGCCCACAGUAGGUGGAGAGAGGCGGAGCUGGAGCUUAUACUCCACCCAUGGAUCUGAUAUAAGUACUGCUGUCUGGAAGUGUGACACUCAGUUGAAGACUGCUUUCAGGAGAACACCGAAUACUCUAGGCCGUACAGUUGGACGCAUUACCAGUUUACGCUCAAUUAAAAAACAUGGCCGAUAGCAGAGACUUCAUCCAGGAGCUUCUUCUAUCUUCGGAGCGAACGGCUCUCCUCUAUCAUCUGUCAUUCGUAUGUCUGGGUAAAUUCCCAAAGCUGGAGUAUCUGAUCAGAAAACAAGCUAGUGAAACACAUCUGCUGUUUAGAUCCUCUGAGGCUGUUCUGAUGAAGUGUGUCGACACGAGUUCCAACCUGGUCACUUCGCUGUUCCCAUUAGUAACAGAAGCUGCUGAGAAUAACAAACCCGUUCUGGCUGUGAAAUACCUGGAGAAUGCCAGAACAUGGAUCAAUGACAUCAUCAGAGCUGUGGAUGACAUCUUGAAAAGGUAUGAUCAACAAGCCAAAAGUGUGGGGAAGUGCCGGAGUGAUGUGUUUAUAGAACUGAAAGAGACUGAAGAAAAUCUAAAGAAACACACUUAUGAGAUGAAGGCUCUGGAGGAUGCUCUGGUCAAGCUUGAACUGGAGCUGAGGAAAAUUGUCUCUGAAAAUAAUGGUCCUCGAAACCAAGAGUGGGACAUCAAAAUCAGACUGAUUGAUCUUCAGAUGAAGUUGGCCAAUUGCAAAAUACAACAGGGUGAGAUUCCCAGUCCUGACCACCUGAAGGAAGUCCAACAGUGUCUUUAUCAAAUCCAACAAAUUCUGGUUGAUCUUAAAGAGUUCUGGGAGAAAGUGUCUCUUUUCCUGUACACACUGAAAGAGAAGACCUUUGCUGGGGAGGUACUGAUUGAAGAGCUGGAAGACCUGAAGGAGGAGUUUCUGGAGUCCAUUGAAGAAGCAAAACAGUACUGGAAGAGAUUUGGUGAAAGCUGUCAGAGAGCACAGGACAUCUUCAGCGUUCAGUCUAAGAGUGCAUAUAAAUUACAGGAGAUCAAUCCAUCUUCACUCUCACAGGCUGAAUGGAAUAAGCAGUAUGAGUCUAUCAUGGAGAAGCUGAAGAAGGUCAGUCCUCAGGGUUCACCCAGAGAAUGACAGACAGAGAUCUGAUGCUUCUUUCACACUUUAAAUGUUCUUUAUACACACAUUAACACAUUUUAAUGCAUACAGCUUAUCUUGUUAAUUUUGUAAUCAUUACAAAUGUUUUUUUCAAGUUACAAUUCCACGUAUAAUUUCUUUAAUGAGUUGAUGUUAGGAAUGUAUUUCUCAGUUGUAUGGUAUUUCUGUUAAAAUUGCUUUGAAUUUCAUUAUGGUUUAUAGAUCUUGUGGUGGGUCUGGUCACAUGAUUGAUGUCUAUGUAACA